AUGCCCUCGACUGAGCUCUCUGCGGCUGAUCUACAGUCUAUCCUCGACUUCACCACCAAGCUCGCCCGGACCGCCGGUGAGCUAAUCCUGCAAGGCUCGCAAGCCAUUCGAUCCUCCGGCAAUGUGGACGAGAAGAAGAACUCGGUGGACCUUGUAACUGAGUACGACGUGAAGGUAGAAGAGCUGGUGAAGAAGGAGCUUGGGAACAAAUACCCCGACUUCAAGUUUAUAGGUGAGGAGUCCUACGCCGCGGGCUCCAGGCCGCCACUGUCGGACGAGCCCACCUUCUGCGUUGAUCCUAUUGACGGGACGACCAACUUCGUGCACGGGUUCCCGCACGUUUGCAUCUCCCUCGGCCUCAUUUACAAGAAGGUCUCCGUCCUCGGUGUCAUCUACAACCCGUUCCUAGAGCAAUUGUACACUGCCAUCGAAGGUCAAGGGGCGUACCUGACGCAAGGCAGCCGUGCUCCCGCGAAACUCCCGCUUGCGUUCCCUCGUCCGUUGCCGUCGCUCUCCCAAGCCCUCAUUGGUAUCGAAUGGGGUUCGGACCGCUCAAAUGACAUAGUUCGUGCCAAAGGCGACUCCUUCAAGCGUCUUGCAGGAAAUCCCAAGGAAGGGGUAGUGGGUGGGCGGAUGGCCCACUCCUUGCGUUCCCUCGGCAGUGCAGCGCUCAACUUCUCCAUGGUCGCCCAAGGUGGUAUGGACAUCUACUGGCCCUGGGAUGUUUGUGCGGGUUCCGUGAUAGCUCAAGAGGCCGGCUGCUUCCUCGCUGGCGCGCACGGCACACCUCUGGACAACGUAGCAUCCGAAGCGUGGCUAAAGGGUAGGAAGCACUUCGUCAUCCGUGCCAUCGGCGAUACAGAGACGGAGAAAGGCGUCGACGCGCAGAAACGAUUGGUCAAAGAGUUCUACGAGACUGUCGAGGACGUAGAAGCACAUUGAUUUAGUAGUCGAAGUCGAAAGUUGGCUGUACGAUACGCUCACUGGUGACCGAGGAAAUGUCUCUUCGGAAAGCGUCGGGUUGUGUAUUUACUACUUACACGACGUUGACGGUAUUGACAAACACGCUGUGUUUUUAUGCAACAGUACACAUCUUGGCUUCGGUCGUGAAUAUUGCUUUAUUCGAGUGCUUCCGCGCGAGAUGCUGUCGGCCUUUCGCUAACUUCUUGACAUACGACCGUGCCAAUGAAGCGUGCCAACACAGUGAAUAACGUAGCAACGAAGCCAAUGAAAAA